AUGUUUCAUGUGGCUGGAGGGGCGCUGCAGACGUUGCUCCGCCGUUGUGCGCUCGCAGGCCAGCUUCUAGCUUCCGAAUUCUCACAUUACAUCAGCGACAAGGGUGUGAAGGCACCGUUGAAGGACCGUGCGCCCUCCCAUCUGCUCCCACCGAAUGCCGUCGUUGCCGCACAGAUGGAUGCACUGCAAAUGAACGAUUGGCCAGAGGCCGACGCUGGCGUCAAAACAGCCUUCCUAUUUGCAAAGCCUCCUGACCAGGAGACCAUGUUGCCAGGGCAGGGUUGCCGCAUACGUGCUCGGAGCUGGUUGGGAAAGGAAGAGUGGUUGAAUUUGAACGAGUUCUCUGAUAUGGUGCACUCAAGUCCUUAUGAUGUUCUUUUGGACUGUGACAGCUGGCAGGAAAUUUCCCAAGUCGUUUUUCCAAGCACACGAUUUGAACGUGCAGUCCAAGCUGUUGAAGUUGAAGAAGGCAUUAGCAAGCACAUCAGUUCACGGCAAAGGCCACAUAGAUUCACCUUCUUGUUGGAGAAGGUCAAAGAAGGGUCAUACAAGAACUGCUGGAUGACUAUCGGGGUGCGAUAUGGGGACUAUGCCAACUGUUAG